CAUACGGAACAAAGAGUUUUCCAAUGAUUGUAGCGUUUUAACCAGCGUUUUUUAAAAUUCCUGUGUGUAAAAACCACAAGUGCAAAAAUUCACCGAUUGUGUUAUUGUUACUACAAAGACUGUGUCUAUGUGCCUAAACUGUGCCAUCAAGUUUUUACAUUGAAACGUUUCGUCUUGUGAUUUAGUGUUUUCAAACAGUGUAAUUAGAAUUCGCCGCUUAAAAUUUAAAUUUGGUGGUUAACAACGUCAAUCCGCUUUUGUCGCGCCACCUCGCGGUGCCUUUGUGUGUUUCAGGGGUUUACUCUAGGGGUAAAGUGGGAAUUUGUUGUGAUAGUGCAGUGACGUCUGAAGGUGUUUUUUUGGACGAUCGUGCGAAGUGUUUUUAAGAAAAACAAGAACGAGUCGUGACGGGGUAUUUUUUCUGUGGGGCGUGCAGGAGCGGAUCAAGAUUUGGAGGUUCGGGGUCGGUACGCCACUGGUUCUGGCAAUGUCGUUUUAGAGGGGUAUCCAAUAUACUGAAAUAAGUGGCUCUCUGCUAGCUACCAAUCUAGUCUACCGUGGCGGGAUGGAAGUUCCUUCCAUCUUGGUUCUGACUCCUUGCUAAGAAGCCGGGUAGUGUUGAGGAAAAAAUACACAUAAAAUAUUUUAGAUAAAUUGUAAAGGGUUAUCGGAGUUGCUAUGUGUCGUUUUAUUGGAUAUUUCUGUAUAUAAGUUGUCUACGGAAUGAACUAGGGGAAUGGCGUGUGCCUACCUAUACAAGGCUAUUGACUACUUGACUUACAAAAUUUGGAGAUUCUGAUAUGUAGUUAUGCUGAUUAAAUGUUCUAGAUUAGCAAAACUGUGCUUUAAACAAGUAACCGUUCAAGGAACUCGAGCUUAUGUUCGUUAUUUUGUGAGCAGCCUUGUGCAUAAUAAAAUAAUGGCAUUACCUAGUCGUGCCCGAGUUUAUGCUGAAGUUAAUUCGCACAAACCACGUGAAUACUGGGAUUAUGAAAGCUACGUUGUUGACUGGGGUCAGCAGGAUGAUUACCAGUUGGUCAGAAAAUUAGGAAGAGGAAAAUAUAGUGAAGUUUUUGAAGCCGUCAAUGUAACAAACAAUGAAAAAUGUGUAGUCAAAAUAUUAAAGCCAGUGAAAAAGAAGAAAAUAAAACGAGAAAUAAAGAUAUUAGAAAAUUUACGUGGAGGUACAAAUAUAAUAACUCUCGAGGCUGUUGUUAAAGAUCCAGUAUCAAGAACACCAGCACUUAUUUUUGAACACGUCAAUAAUACGGAUUUCAAGCAGCUUUACCAAACGCUUACAGAUUUCGAUAUUCGUUACUAUUUAUAUGAGUUGCUCAAAGCUUUGGAUUAUUGUCACAGCAUGGGUAUUAUGCAUAGGGAUGUAAAGCCACAUAACGUCAUGAUUGAUCAUGAAAAUCGAAAGUUAAGGCUAAUUGAUUGGGGUUUAGCAGAAUUUUAUCAUCCAGGACAAGAAUACAAUGUAAGGGUCGCUUCUAGGUACUUUAAAGGACCUGAACUCCUUGUAGACUAUCAGAUGUAUGAUUAUUCAUUAGAUAUGUGGUCAUUGGGAUGUAUGUUAGCUUCAAUGAUAUUUAGAAAAGAGCCUUUCUUUCAUGGCCAUGAUAAUUACGACCAAUUAGUCCGUAUUGCCAAAGUCUUAGGAACUGAAGAGCUUUUCGAAUACCUUGAUAAAUACCAUAUAGAAUUAGAUCCACGAUUUAACGACAUUUUAGGAAGACAUUCCCGUAAGAGGUGGGAGCGAUUUGUGCAUAACGAAAAUCAACAUUUAGUAUCGGCAGAAGCGUUAGAUUUUUUGGAUAAACUGUUGCGUUAUGAUCAUCUAGAGCGUCUCACCGCACGUGAUGCCAUGGAUCACUCCUAUUUCUAUCCUGUUGUUAAGGAGCAGUGCCGCAUGAUGUCGACGGUAUCUUCAUCCCCUACUCCACUUACAGGCAAUCUGUCUGUUGUAGGAGUAGAUGAACCGGCAUCACCAGUUGGAUCACCGUCGGGUAUUCCUGGUUCCCCUAAGCUCAUUUCAAUGCGUUCAUCUGCUUUCUUUACUAAUCUUGAUUCUUCUACAACUCCUACACCUACAUGAACUCACCCCCACUUGAGCCCAAGAACAUUAUUAAUUUAGUUGAUGAUGUAGAAAAGGUAAUUUUGUUUUUAUUUUUGAGGUUUGAGGCAGAGUGCGGUGAUCAAUAGAAAAACGAGUUCUAUUUUGAGUUAAUACGUUAAUUCUAAAUCAUUUUCACUACACUCCUUUUCAAACGACUUAUAAUUAAUUACUAUAAUUUAAAACAUCCAAAUGUGCAUAUUGUAAAUUUUAUAGUAUGUUACUGAUUAAUCUGUGAUUAUAAUAGAAAAUUUGUUCUAUUGUGUAUAAUAGCAUACUUAUCAAGUAAUUAUAAUUUAAGAAAACUAUUAUUUGCAUAAUUGUUAAUUAUCGGUUUUAUUGACUAGUAACUCCAAUUACGUGAAAGUGAUCAUAUAGUCAUAUCAGCGAAUGUGACUUUCGGAUUUCUAAAAAAUUGUCUUAAAAUUGUUACUGUUUGCUGUUACGAGAGAUACUUUUUGAGAAACCAGUAUUGGGAGCUUCAUUUAUUACAUAUAAGUUAGGUACAGUUUGCACAAGAAAUCACUUGAGUUGUUCAUCUAUCCAUUUAUUGAGUAAAAAGAAAAAUUCUAAAUGUAUCUGUUUUAUAGAACGCUUGUCUAAAUAUAAGAGUUACUCAACUAGUUUAAGAAGAUGUUCUUUUUAUUUUUUGGGACUUGAACAUUUUGCUUAUAUUUUCACCGUCGUCUUUAUUAAAUGCGUUCCUAUUCACACACGUGAAACCGAACUGCGUUCGUUUAGUUGAAACCACCGUACAGAACACUAUGUUCGAUUUAACAACUUUUGUAUUGUUGAUAGAAGUUGCAUAUUGAUAGAACUACAAAAUUGAACUACUAUUACAAAUGUGUAUAUUGUAAAGUUUUAUAACAUAUGUUACUGAUUAAUCUGUGAUUAUAGUAGCAAUUUAAAUUAUUUAUACUUUUUUUUUUACAUUUGAUGUGGGUUUUUGUUUAGUAAUUCAUGAUUCCUAAUAUAUAGCAUCGUAAGCGUUCCCAGUCAAAGAUCUGAAACAGAAAAUUGAGUAAAUUAAUUACAUUCACUGUAUGCAGCAUUCCAGACGCAGACUUUACUGUGCUAUAAAUUAGGCAGCUAGUUACUAAGUCUCAUUUCCUCAACAGUUCGAUAUUUCUGUUUGUAAAUAUUUUGUAAUGUAUUAUAAUAGUGGAUUACAUACGUGUACAUUGAA